AUGUUUGACUUUAAACACGCCCUAUCAACAACCUUCCGUCCCAUCGGUGAGCCGAAUUCGAAUCCCGAGACGGAUCCGGAGACAGAAGGUGUGUCGUCUUCCUCACGUAGUAGCCGAUUUGAGGGUGGUGGUGGAGGGGGUCAGACGGUUUCGAACUCCACCACUCCUGAAGAUGGUGACGCAGAGACGUCGGGUGGUGCUGCUGGUACUGGGUUGUGUCGUCUCUGUUUUCGAGAAUUCCGACCACUUCCCGAACCUACUACUUCCAUCUGUUCAUCUCCUGACUGCGGUGCUUCGUUUCAUCAAGAAUGCUUCGUAAUCUUGGUCGUGUGCGCAAUUCAGGAUAAGAGCACAUGCAUUUGGUUUCCUGUGAAACUCCUCACAAGACCAUGGAGGGAGGACGCGUCAGCUGGUAUCGCUUCACUGAUUCAUCGGGACUGUGGCACUUGGACUUAUCUUCUUGGGGUUACUCAGCCCAACGACGACGACGACGACGACAACAACGACGAUAACAAGCAAGCAGCAAACGCACUGCACGUCGGAUGCACGCCUGAGUCAUGCGCAGCCAGUGCUAUCGAGAGCGAGGAGGAGAGGGGCCUAGAGGAGAGAUGUGUUCAGUGGGGCAGUAGAGUAGUGGCUGACACUGGACACUUAUUCUUCGGACUAGUUAACACCAACAAGUCUGGGAAUUAUGUUGAUCGAGAAAACUUUGAAAAGAAACACAUGUAUAACGAUAAGCGUAAUGCCAUAACCACGAUCUCUGGUCUUUUAGGAGUUUCAGCAAAAUAUUUAAAGUCACUCAUGCUUCGUGUAAUUAGUCUGAGUCUUCAAAGAAAAAUCAAUGUUGUGAAAUUUCCGGUGAUGAAAAAUUAG